CUUUACACAUUGUCCCGAUUCCGGAAAACCCGAGAGCAGAUUAAAGAAGGUAUCUAGAGAAAGGAGAAAAGUAGAAAAUGUAGAAAGUUCUGGAAAGGAACGAAGCAAACCGAUUUGAGCCGAUUUAGCCCGAUUGAACUCGAUUCCCAAAGUGUAAACAAUCUUGUCUGAGUCUGUCCUUGGGAGUUUUCAAAACAAAUAAUAAGCUCAAAGCUCGCCAUACGCUCAGAAGUGUGGAGAGUAAAAUUUGGUGAAAUUUAUUUCCUCUUGAAAACAUGUUCGGGUUGCUCAAGGAUGAUAUCAUCCUAGUUUGUGGCCUUUGUGGCUCUGAAAUUCCCGUUAUUGGAUUAAAAAAGCACACUGACGUAUGUAAACCUACCAGAGAAAUCGGAGAUGAAAAUGGAUUCGAGGAGUUCAAAAAAGUCAAAAAAGAGAAAAAAGCCAAAAAGGCCAAAAAGCCCAAAAAGGCCAAAAAGGUAGGAAAUGCGAAAAAAUUCGAAAAUGCUAAAAAAGUCGAAAAUUCCAAUAAGGUAGAAAUUGAGAGAGAAGUAAAAAAGGACAAAAAAGUGGAAAAUGACAAAAAGGUAGAAAAAGACAAAAAGUUGGAGGAGAACAAAGAAGCAGAGAUGGUAGAAAAUGAAGGAGAAAUUGUCCGAGAAAAGGAGAGGAUUCUAAAAGAAAGCAUUCAAUUUUUAUUUGAAUAUGGACGGAAAUUCAUGAGAGUAGCAAAGGGAACGGAUGAAUCAACUGACAAGUCGAUUUAGUUUACGAAACUGAAAGAAAGGAAGUUUUUGUUGUUGUUUUUUUUUCUGAGAAAGAAUAAUUAUUUUACUCAUUAACGUAUUUUUGUUUUGGUGGAUGUAUAAUUUAUUUCUUUAUUUUUGCAAUUGACAAUUAAGUUUUGUUAUUAAGAAUAUUACUGUUACCAAAUAGGUGCAAUCAACCAAAAAAUUAUAUUUAUCUAGUAAAUAAAUCGAAGUAAUAAUUUAAAAA